AUGGCGGGCGAGAGAUUUCUCUGGGCGUCCACCGUCCUGCUUCGUUUGAUGCUCGUUGCAACCGACUUGUGCUACUCACAGGCAACGCUUCUGACCUUCCAAGACCUCCUGCCCGAGGACCCAAAGCUCUACGACAAGAUGCGGCCACCGAAGAAGAACGAUCAGCCCACCAUCGUCAACUUCCACGUCACCGUAAUGGGUCUGGACUCAAUCGACGAAAACUCAAUGACUUACGCCGCUGACAUCUUCUUCGCCCAAACCUGGAAGGACUUCCGUCUGAGGCUUCCAGAGAACAUGACAUCCGAAUACAGGCUCCUGGAUCUGGACUGGUUGAAGCACAUGUGGCGGCCGGACUCGUUCUUCAAGAACGCCAAGUCCGUCACCUUCCAAACGAUGACCAUCCCCAACCACUACGUGUGGCUGUACAAAGACAAGACCAUCCUGUACAUGGUGAAGCUGACCCUCAAACUGUCCUGCGCCAUGAACUUCCUCAUCUACCCCCACGACACGCAAGAGUGCAAGCUGCAGAUGGAGAGCCUAUCUCACACAACUGACGACCUCAUCUUCCAAUGGGAUCCGGAGGUUCCUUUGGUGGUGGACGAGAACAUUGAGCUUCCUCAACUGGAGCUGGUGCAGAAUCGUACUGCAGACUGCACUCAGGUCUACUCCACGGGCAACUUCACGUGCCUGGAAGUGAUCUUCAAGUUGAAGCGUCGUCUCGGCUACCACCUGUUCAACACCUACAUACCCACCUGUCUAAUCGUCAUCAUGUCUUGGGUUUCAUUCUGGAUCAAGCCUGACGCAGCGCCAGCCCGUGUCACGCUCGGAGUGACGUCAUUGCUGACUCUCUCCACGCAGCACGCGAAGUCGCAAGCUCAGCUGCCUCCCGUCUCUUACCUAAAGGCGGUAGACGCUUUCAUGUCUGUCUGCACCGUAUUCGUGUUCAUGGCGCUUAUGGAGUACUGUCUUGUGAAUAUUAUUCUCGAUGACGGUGGAAGGAAGCCCAAGGAGCCAGCCGACGCGGCUAAAGCUAGACUGAGGGCGUUAAGCAUCGACCGCUUCUCCCGCGUCUUCUUCCCUCUCCUGUUCUCCGUGCUCAACGCCACUUACUGGAUCCAGUUCGCGCAGUACAUC